GUGUGCUAUGAGUUGGCAGUUGAGCGAUGGACGGCGUGACGCAAGGAUGAGCAGUGAGGCGCUCUUCCCUUCCCUCGGGGCACUGGAACAUGUGGUGACGGUCGCAGGAGUCUUGGCAGUGUCCAAGAUCCUCCUGCAGCUGCUGUGGAGUGUGGGCAGCGGCGUGAGGAUCCACUUCUGGUCGCGGCUGUGGAAGAAGCGGCUAGUGGAAGACUAUGGGCGGUGGGCAGUGGUGACGGGCAGCACUGAUGGCAUCGGGAAGGAGUACGCCAAGGAGCUGGCCAGGAGGGGCAUGAACCUGGUCCUCGUCUCGCGCACCAUGGAGAAGCUGCACAAGGUCUCGGCGGAAAUUGUGCGGGAGUUCGGCGUGCAGACGGAGGUGAUACAGGCUGACUUCAGUGGCGGCCGUCCCAUCUAUGAAGACAUCGCCAAGGGCCUGCAGGGCAAGGAGAUUGGGAUCCUGGUGAACAACGUUGGGGUCUUGCUGUCUGAACCCCAGGAGUUCGGGGACGUGUCUGAGAAGGACAUCUGGAGCCACGUCAACGUCAACGUGGCCUCGGUGCCCGCCAUGACCAAGCUGGUGCUGCCGGGCAUGCUGAAGCGAGGCCGUGGUGCAAUAGUCAACGUGGCCUCCAGCGCUGGCACUGUUCCUAUUCCCAUGAGCGGCAUCUACUCGGCCACCAAGGCAUUCGUGGACUUCUUCUCCAGGACGCUAGAGUUUGAGUACCGCAACUCCGGCAUCACCGUGCAAACUCUCAUUCCCUUAUAUGUCUCCACCAACAUGACCAAUUACAGUGACCUUGUCCAUAAGCCCGGCGUGUUCAUCCCCACGGCCUCGACCUACGCCUCCAGCGCCAUAAACACCCUGGGCUACACGUGCCGCACCACGGGCUACUGGGCUCACAGCCUGCAGUUGUACUUUCUCCAUUCCCUCAAUGAGAAGCUUUCGAUGCUAAUGCUCGAGAAAUGGUAUAUGUUGCAAAAGGACUCAGUGAAGAAGAAUAAGGAGUAACAUGGCGAGUUAUCUUUACAUUGCUGUUACUUGGACCGGCGACACGCAAGAUCAAGAAGCCGCAGACUGUUCCAUGCACAGCCAAGACCAGAAGUGACGCCUCACCUUCCAGAGUUUCUCGUCCGGUAUUAAUGUCUGGCCACACGAAUCAUUCGCUGAGAAUUUUUAUAAUCUGUCAUCCCAGAUAUCUAUACUAUAAACAUUUUCAUAUAUUUCACACACGACUGCUUACGCAGAUGCCUCACUAAAAAAUGUAAAUAAAUGUUUAACAUUAGUUAAAAGAUAACAUAGGUUGAUGACAGGAUAUUAUUCAUAGCUUAUCUGCUAUACUUUUAUCAAAUAAGAAUUGACCUGCAUGUAACAAUUGCUGCAUCUUCCAAAUGAAGAGAAGAAUUCUGUGAGCCUUAAAUGCCUUAGCCAUGAAGGAAAUAGAGGCAUGGCGCUGUGUCAUCACCAGCUGGACACCGUCACUGCUGGACAUCCGUGUCAGGUGUCUACAGUGAAGUACUACAGCGCUCAUCAGUCCUGAUGGUAUUUCAUAUCGUAAUGAAUAUAAACAUACAAGAUAC